AACAUAUGAAAAUUAAUAAAAGAUAUUGUUUGAUGUCGAUUCGAACCAAUGGAAAAACUUUGCAAAACGUAAAACCCUUUCUAAAUCCUUGAAGCCUCGUCGCUGCCCUCCGCAAACCCUAGGUUGAAGAAGGGAAAGGGACUCGCUCAUAGAAGCCGCUUGCUCCAUCGCCAUCAUCACAGAGCAGGAACCCAAAAAUGUUUGAUGUUGCUGAGAGCGUGAGACCCAUUUUGUGAAGGACACAGUUUUUCUUUCGGGGUUUCUACUUUGUGUUUGUUUGUCUGAGUAAUCAUGAGGAAGCUCAAAUUCCAUGAGAAGAAGCUUACAAAGAAGGUCAACUUUCUGGAUUGGAAGAGGGAAGAUGGUCACAGGGAAGCAAUGGUUAUGCAGCGAUACCAUGUCACUGGCCGAGACGACUACAAGAAGUAUCAAAAACUCUGUGGGAUGGUUACAAAGCUUGGGAACAUCUUGAAGCAGAUCGAUCCCAAGGAUCCUUUCAGGAUAAAGAUGACAGAUGAGCUCAUAGAAAAAUUAUAUAACAUUGGAGUAAUUCCAACAAAGAAGGGGUUGUCUUUGUGCGAUCGGCUGUCUGUCUCUUCAUUCUGCAGGCGCAGGUUAGCUACAGUUUUGGUGAGACUUAAGUUUGCAGAGCACCUGAAAGAGGCAGUUACCUACAUUGAGCAAGGACACAUCCGUGUGGGCCCGGAGACUGUGACUGACCCUGCCUUCCUUGUCACCCGAAACAUGGAAGACUUUGUGACUUGGGUCGAUACUUCGAAGAUUAGGAGGAAAGUUUUGCAAUACAAUGAGAAGUUGGAUGAUUAUGAUCUCCUCAACUAAAGUAUUGGGACUCAUGUAACAUGGACACACAUAUCUAUGGUUUUUGGUAUAUGUUAACACACCAAAUACAUGAUACUCGUAUCUAACACUUUAGAAUGUUUGACACUUCUUAGUAACCUGUUUCUAUUGAAAUAUUAGGUUAGGUAUUUUACAGUCACCUAAAAGGCUACCUCCCUUUUAUUUAAAUGUACAUAUUUGUGUUUGAAAAGCCAGUUGCAAGUUCUAUCAACCUUUAUUAAGCAGUUUGGGAAAGUACCAAGCUCACAUCAUCUUUUUAUUUCCAAUAAUGGAUGGAUGGUUAUUCA